AUGGAGUCUGAUAAACGGCGUAAGCUUCUAUUGACCGGGGGAUCUGAAGGUACAGUACGGGCAUGGGACCUCGAUACUUUGACAAGCCGUGGAAUUGUCUUUGCAGGGGAUUCCUGGGUCGUUGGUGUGCACUGGGCAAAUCAGCUUCAAAGCAUUCUUAUUGUGACAGUAGAUCGUAAGGUGAUUCUUUUGGACUCCAAAACCUUGGAGGUAAGCCGCCUCUACCGUGGGCGUGCGAUAGUUGACACCAUGGAUGGCUAUUUAUACGCUCAUGAUAGUGUGCAGGCAGUCAAAGUAGGAGGGAAGAUGAAUGCAAAGGGAAGGAAAUUUGGUUCAAGGGGUGCGGGGGAUUUUGGUAGGUCCUCCUUUAAUGGCAGCAGUGGUCUGAGUCCAGGACGCUUCCCUGUAGGAGGUGUUGGUGAAGCAAAGAAGCAAAGAGCGUCUGCUUUUGCAACAAGCUGGGCAUCAUCUAGUACAGGUCCUUUUGCACAAUGUCGUGUGGAAGAGUGUAUGCUUGCGGGUCUUGUGGAUUCUGUGUCAUGUUCACUGUUUCAUCAUUCCCAGCUUCGGGAAGACGUGUUACUUCUCGCAACCGUAGUGGGAGAAGUUCGAUUCUACGUGAUUCCGAAAAUCUCGCUUAAGGUGCUAUCCCCAUACGUGGUUGUCCGAUUGCAUGAAAAGAGCAUCAACAAAAUGAGUUUCCUGUUUGAUAAUAAUUCACUCCUCACCGCGUCAGAUGAUGGUGUAGUGAAAAUGACUUCCUUGGAAACAGGUGCUCUCUUACGAGUCUUCUUUUCCUCUGGAGCUGGUCAACACUCUGCCGUGCAUGAUUUUGCCGUGAAUACGCAAUGGCGUCUGCUUGUGACUGUGGGUCCAGAACGAUACGGUGUUGUCUGGGACUUUUCGCAUGAUGCACCGUUGGCCAUCCUAGAUGCGCACAAUUGCCCAUGUCGUUGCUGUGCAGUACACAUGAAACAGAAUCAAAUCUUUACCGCAGGCAUAGAUGGAUCGAUUUUUAUCUUUGACACACAAGGGUACCGUUUGAUGCAGGUAAUAAAUCUACACAAUGUUCACCCUCAGUGUAUUGUAUACGAUGAAAUUAGAAUGCGGCUUCUAUGUUUGGCUUCUCAUCCUUAUUACCAUGGGAAACAGCGUCGUACGGCGUUUACUUGUUCAAACAAAUACCAAGGUCAUAUGACGUCUAUGGUAGGUGUGAUAUACACCAAUACAUAUGAUCUUAUUGUCACUAUUGAUGUAGAAGGAUUAGUCAUGACAUGGAAGAGAUCUAAUGGGGCUCCUAUCUUUGCUUUUCAAUUGAAGGAUUUCUCGGAUUCCGCUGUUAUGAAUGCAGCACGACUUUCUGCCUUUACACUAGACGGCUUAGAACGUCGAUUGUUGACUGGAUUUCAGAAUGGGGCUGUGGCUGUGUGGAACUUGGUGAAUGGACAGACGACAAAUGUUAUCACAGCAGCCACAGAGAGUUUUGCCACAACCACUUUAAGGCCAGAGGUGACGUCGCUUGGGUCCCUUAUGCGGGAUGGAAACACGUUUUUAUUUUUUGCAGCGGCAGGACAUCUCUUCUCCACGAGUGAGUCUAGCACCUUCACCAUUGCGAGCGCCACCAAGUGGAAGGUACCAGAGAGCUACGGGGAUAUUCUAUUCAUGUUGCCGGUGUCUUUGCAGAUUCUUGUUUGUGGAACCUCCUCGGGUGCACUAUUUUUUUAUCAUGUAAUGGCUGAGGGUCAGGUGGGAUCCGCACUCUGGGUGACGGAGCCUACGGAAACCCCGCACCGUCCUCUAUCAAUGCUAUUAGAGAGGCGUCGCAGUGAUGGACACAGUUCCAUCGUUACAUCGCGUAUCAUGGCGAUAUUCCCAUUGCACGCAGUGGGACCACAUAUUCUUAUGGUUGUUCAUGCCGAUGGCACAGUGGUGUUGUGGCACACUCUGCGACGGCUUUUGAUGGAAUCUGUUAGCGUGCGAAAGGCCUUCCCAACAGGAAUAGGAGAAACAGGCUUAGCAAGUAUGGCUAUUGAUGAUUCAAACCAGUGUUUUGUAUUUGCUGAUGAUCGUGGUAACAUUCAUGUUUGUAGCCUUCAGUUACGGGCGGUACAUGAUAAGGACUCUCUACGACCAGCGCAUAUGUCUAACAAACCAAGCCGCACAGGGAGACCGAUGGCGGAUUGGCCAGGUUCUCCCUUUAACAGCACCAUGCUGGCAGAAUUCUCCAUGAAUUCGAAUGCAGAAAAACAAACGAACUCUCCUGGACAAGCCCGUGAGAAACAUCAAUCAAACGGGCUGGAACAGGAGGUGGAUGAGGAUAAAACCCCUUAUGUAUUUACUAGAUUCUGCCAAGACUACGCGUUUCAUUGUGGGUUUUCCUCUGUCUCAGGGGUGUGCAUUAUCGAUGCACAAACACCGCGAGCUUCAAGCGCAGUGACAGCAACACCGACAAGAAGAGAAACUGCUUUAUCCCAGCCCAAAGUAGAAAUGAAAAAGCAGGUACCUAAGUCUUUGACUCAAGGGGAAACAAGACCCCGCACCACUGACAUCUAUGGUCAGACGUUGGAUGUUGCUCUCUCCGAAACUCCCACAUCACACUUACGCUCAAAAGAUAUUAUUGUGGUGUCAUCUGGCGCCGACAACUUUACACGAGUGUUUACGCUGGACGGGAUGGUUGUUGGAGAAUGUGGCAUGAACACAUGGACACUAGGCAAAGAGUCAACAUAUGAGUUCCUUGGUGUGAAAUCGGCGAAGCGACUUUCGGCAUACAACACUUGUCUACAAUCAGUUGAUUUUCUUCAGGAAACUCCGUCAGAAGGAAAGAAUUGUUUAGUAGGCUCUCGAGGGACACGCUUUCUACGUGGCACAUUAAGAGCAGGCAUACUUCAAGGGGACAUGCUCUCAACGAGUGAUUUUUCCACGUACCACUCUACGACAGACAUCUUGGAGCCUAGCCCCGUCCCCAUGAUGCAAUCUGCUGCCGGUACUGCGCCACCGGAAGGCAGUCAAAUGGAAUUAGUUACUAUGCGACCACUGAGUGCGGAGUUGCAGGAAUGGACGGAAGGGGGAAAACAAUCACCACAAUCUCAAGACUACUUAAGACAGCGAUUUCUUCCACAGAAAAAGGCAACCUCCCCUGAUGAAGCUGUCACUCUAUCCACACACAUUCGCUCGCGGCGUUUAAGAGAGGAAUUUUUUCAGGGUCUUGUCAAGAGUGAGUUUAUUCCCGAAUUGCGUGGAUUGCCUACGGCUGACACUGAAGAAGACUCAACCGUGUCUAGGGCACAGCCCUGUGCAGCAAAGAGUCCCAAAGGCGUUGUACGGAUUAAGCAAUCGAUUGAAUCUCCUUUAGCCGCUUCCAGUGCCUGUAACCCCAAUAGUGAUAAUGUAAACAGUAAUCGUACAGGUUCUGUGAAUGCUGCUGCGGCUGGCAAUAAUUCAACGGAAGAAGCAUUGUCGUCGCCGGAAGCACGAAGCCACGCUCCACCUGUUUUUGUUCCCGGAGGAACUUCUUUGCAUUUAGGUCGAGCAACAAAAACACAGGCAGGAACAGUCGCACGGAAGUGGGAAUCACAUGGAACAAUCGAUACGGGCUCGUUACAGUUCCCUGCUUCAUGCCCCCCUCGACAGAGUUCCGCGUUCAACAACACGACACUCUCUGCGGAGAAUGAGUCUCAGCGACAGGAGCUUAUUCAAGAACACCUGGAGGGCCAAAGACGUAUGCUGCUCUCACUUGGACGUGCGGACCCUGUUCUUGAAAACUUAAUGUCCCGCGGCAACCCUCUGCAUAACGGUAAAACCUCCUUCGAAGUCGGGAAAUUAGGGUCUGACACCCAGCUGUUGGCCACGCGGCGAGCUCAUACCUUCUCCAUGAUGGAGACGCGGGACCGAAUUGCGCGGAUCACAUCACGGCUACAGUUGUGUCCUAUAACGCCAAUUCAACCUCUGUCAGGAAUUGGAUCGCGCGAAAACGUCACUACAUUGAAAGAUGGGAAGAAGGACACACAUAGUGCCACUCAUAUAUGA